AAGUGUGCAAAGAAGAAACCCGGCCAACUGAGCGGCCGUGGUUAAAUGGCAAAGCGAUGAAGCGGAAUUGUUAGUGAUUUCGACUGACCGUUUCAAUUGCACCGAUCGACGUACAGUUGGGUCCACUAGUGAUGUCCUGUUGAAGUAAACGGCGAUAGAUGCGGUGCGAAACAGCGAAUAUGAGUAGAACGUGGUAUUUGCCAAUAAUUAUUUGUUCGUUCUGGAACGUGGCUCUGACACGGGAAGCGGAAUGGAUACCGUGUGUCGAAUUGAAACGGGACUUGCACGUCCCGUGCAAAUGCUCCAUCUCAAGGGAAUACACUCGAUCGAUCGAAAUGAACUGCGAUCGAGUAGUGUUCACGCGGAAUACAGUGGAGAAUCUGAAGGGGGAACCGAUCGUUUCCAUCAGUCAGAGAAACAGCGGAUAUAACGCCCUGCCGGAGGAUUUGCUCAAUCCUGACUUGAAUCUAAGGAAGUUGGACCUGUCAGACAAUUCGAUCCACAAACUGAUGGGUCGGCUGCUUCGUGUGCAGGCUCAAUUGGAGGAACUGAGACUUGCCGACAAUCUUUUGGGAGACAAUCUAAACCCGAUAUUCUCGAGCAACGAGUUUCACGGGAUGAAACAGCUGAAACUGCUCGACUUGAGCAGAAACGGGCUUCGAAGUUUAGAGGAAGGGAUUUUCAAGGGAUGCGAGAGCCUCGAACAGCUUUACUUGGACGGCAACAAUUUGACAACGGUGCCGACGAUGUCUUUGAAAGGGCUCGGUUCGAUCAGAGUGCUUUCGCUGUCCGGCAAUAACAUCGGAUCCCUCCCGCGAGCUGCCUUCUCGAUGUUGGGUGACUCGCUGCUACGAUUAGAUCUCAGCGAGAAUGAAUUGUCUCACAUGGAAGACGACGCGCUGUCGGGACUUGAACGAUUACUUUUGCUGAACGUGUCUCGCAACGAUCUCAACCGCUUUAACAGCGACGUUUUCAAAGGGGCUUACAAUUUAUUACAGUUGGAUCUGUCGACAAAUUUCCUGCGGGAAUUUCCGAGCGAUGCACUGAGACAUUUAACGGACUUGAAGUUUCUCAAUAUGUCGAACAAUUUGAUUGACGAAAUCGAUUAUGGGCAUUUAUCAUCCUUGAGAGAACUCCAAGUGCUAGAUCUUAGCCGAAACAACAUUGGUCAGCUAGGUUUCGGUACGUUUUCGAAGUUAUCCGAAUUGAUCAGACUCGACUUAAGCCUGAACGCAUUGCGCACGAUUGACGAAUCGUCGUUCAGUGGUUUGACCAAAUUGAAAUGGCUCUCGUUGCAAGACAACAACAUCUUGCUAGUACCAGCCGUGGCUCUGACUAGAUUACCGUCUUUGGCUCAUCUUCAUAUGGAAUUUAACCGAGUCGCUGCUCUGCCAAUCGAAUUGAUCGAAGCGACAGCCUCGAAUCUCGUAACGUUGUCGCUCACUCGAAAUCUAGUCCGAGAGAUACCCGCUGGUCUGUUCCAAGAUUUUCAACGGCUGGUCAGCAUCGAGUUGUCCGGGAACAUGCUGUCGAAGAUCACGCGCGACACGUUCGUUGGACUGGAAGAAACGCUGCUCGAGCUGGACGUAUCCUCGAACAGGUUAACCUCGAUCGGCGAGUUUUCUCUAAGACGACUGAUCUCGUUGAAUCUGUCGGGAAAUCGGCUGACCAGAAUUUCCCCGGAAACGUUUGGCCAUCUGAAGAGGCUCCGGUAUCUAAAUUUGAGCUCCAAUCCGCUUUACGGUGGCUUCCCUCCGGUAUUCCCCUCUUCCGUGCUCGAUCUCGACAUUUCACGCACCGAUCUAAACAUCUUGCCGUCGAUUUUAUUUCGAAAUCUCGAGUCGCUUGAGAGAGUAUCGAUCGCCGGCAAUCGGUUGGAGAGAAUCGAGUCAGGCACGUUCAACCGGUUAGUCAAUCUCUCGCGGAUCGACUUGGCCGGAAAUCGCAUCGAACAUAUCGAGAACGAAGCUUUCGUAGGAUUGACCGGUCUGUACGAGUUGAAUCUACGAGAUAACAGGUUGACCUCGUUCACCGGCGAGUACUUCGACACCGGGACAGGUCUGGAGAGCCUCGAUUUGUCUUCGAAUCUGAUAGAUCGAUUAUCACCGACAGCCUUCGCGAUUCAUCCAAGAUUACGGGAGCUACGGCUCUCUGACAAUCGGUUCGUCCAUUUCCCUACCGACUACUUGAAGCCUUUACAAUUUCUCGAGUGGUUGAGCUUGUCAGGGAACGGGUUAAAGUCUGUCGACGAGUUCGCCUUCUCUCAGAUCGCGCGACUUCGGACACUAGAUCUUGCCGCGAAUCGAAUCGAAUCGGUCAACGAGCUAGCUUUCCACAAUUCUACGCAGCUGCAGCUAAUCGAUCUCUCGGGGAACAAUAUCGAGACGUUGAGCGAGAGAACGAUGGAGGGUCUGCUUCGUUUGGAACAUUUGAAUCUUCGGGACAAUCGCUUGGCUUCCCUCCCGGAAACGAUUUUCGAUCCGAGCAGAAUCCGUUCCGUCGAGAGCAUUGAUUUAUCCGGGAAUCGGCUGACCGAGAUUCCGAUUAGGUCGUUGCAGCGACAGAUCGGCUUCCUUUCCAAGUUGAACUUAGCUCGAAACAGAAUGGUCGAGUUGUUUAGUCAAGAAGUCGCAAGCAACGUGAAAGAACUCGAUCUGUCGGACAAUCCAUUGAGCGAGGCCGCGGUCAAAGGGAUAUUAGGAGAGGCUAAAAUUCUCCGAUCGUUGAACUUAGCCAACACUGGGAUCGAGCGUCUGACGGUACGGCUCGAAACGCCAUUUCUCAAGCGACUCGAUCUUUCUAGAAAUAAGGUGGUCGACCUUCGAAAGGCCACUCUAGAACGCGCUACCAUGCUCGAAACGUUGAAUCUCUCGGGAAACAAACUCUCCGAUUUAUCCAGCCUGAACCAAGCGUUCCAAACGUUGCCGGCUCUCCGAUGGUUAGACGUAUCCGGGAACUAUAUGAAAACCAUAAAUGAAACCGAUUUUGAUGGUCUGAUCAGUUUGCGUUCUCUAAGGAUGGCGAAUUUGCCGAAUUGCACGAGAAUCGAGCGAACCGCUUUCAAGUCGCUCGGUAAGCUUCGCUCUCUGGCUGCCUACGAUUAUCCCAAGCUGGGCUAUUUCGAUGUUCAGGGUGUUCUCAAAGCAAUGAGCAACUUGGAAAUGCUCGAUAUCGAGAUCAAAGAUUCCUCGGUGAGCAACGAACAAUUAUCGAUACGCACGCAUCCCCGACUCAAGGAAGUGAUCUUACGAGGAGACAGGCUCAGAAGCAUUUUGUCUAGCUCGUUGGUUGGCGUUCGAGGACAUAAACUAGUAUUCGGCCUGAAGAACACUUCUGUCGACUCGAUACCGGCAGCUCUCUUCUUCCCGGUGCCCCGUUCUACCCAGUUAGAAUUGGAUAUCUCUGGCAGCAAAUUCGCUACCCUGUCCAGCCAAUUUCUCUCGGCGCUCGACGAACGAACCAGUUUCAUCAAAAUCAAAGGCCUUCGCUACAAUCCGAUCAAUUGCAAUUGCGACGCGAGGCAACUCUGGAAAUGGCUUAGAACUACGAGCGACGACGAUCCUUCGAACCUCGUUCUCUGUUCUGCUCCGAGCAACCUCGCCGGAUCGAUUUUAAUCAACCUCGCGGAACAUCGAUUGUCAUGUGACAUUACUCCCGGUGGCUCUGUCGACGAGCUCGACGACGACACCACCGCCCCCAGCCACGCCUCGUCCUCUUUGUUAUCCUCUUCGUCGUUCUCCUCUGAUUUUCCUUCCUCUCAUUCUUAUUCCAGCCCUACCGUCAGGUCAACAUUUUCGGAACCCGAAAUUAUUUGGACCGUGGCACCACCGGUUCUAAACGCCAAUCGAAAUAAACAUUACAACGGUGAUCACGCGACUUCCUCGCCUACUGGAUCCUCAACAAGCACGGACGACACGCUGAUCAUUGGUAUCGUUGGCGGCGUAGUAGCGUUCAUAGCUCUGAUCGUGAUCGUGAUCUGCGUAUGCCGAUUCAGGUGGUCUUCCGAUCGGAUCGAUCAGGCGCGUUUAGCCGUGGCGACCGCGACUAGCAGCAUACCAGACGCAUCGAUGGUCAGACCAGCUAGCGCCUAUUCAGGCAAAAUCAAUCACGAGCUUUAUCUCGGAUCGUACAACGAGUCCACGUUGGAUCGUGGAAACGCUACGAUGGCUUCUUCCAUUCCAGCCAUACCUCACCAAAUAAUGCCCUUGGUUCAACCACCGAUGCAUCUCAUGCAUACUCUUUUAACUCCUCAAACUCAAUCGCCGUCGCAGUCCCAGCUACAAACGCAACAAUUCUACGGAUAUUGCGACGGCUCUCUGCCAGUUUACAUUGCGUGCUCCACUGAUACCAAGUGCGACAGAUAACCAUAUAUUUCUCACCACAUCUGUCAAUUGCAUACACACGUAUACCUCAUAGUUUAUUCAUUCAUGUUCGACUCAGCUAACGCACUGUCGUCGUGUAUAUGUUCAUUCGGUGGACUUGACUCCUGCACGAAUUCGCAGAUAAAUGCAUAUAUGUAUACAUUCGGUAUAUGUACAUGUGUAUAGUCCUGUACACAGGUUUAUAUACAUUUUAUCAGUAUGCAUAUACUCACAUUGAUGUUCUCUCUCUUUCUUUCUCUCUUUCCUUUUUUAGCUACGAAUUUAUAUAUUUUAUGUGAAUUAUACAAGUUAUAUAUUUUAAUACAUUGUUUUUCACUAUUUUCAUAUGUAAAUGCUUCGUAUGUAUUUACCGUGUCUCCCUUCUACGCGAUUUCCUUGAGAACGGAUCCAAAAGAGUUAAAACGGCAUGAUUUGUAGCAAAAAUGAUUUCCUCUGCAAGAAAGUCCCUGCAUAGGAUUAAAAGUAAUAAGUAGGAUUACGUUUCAGGCGAAAGUAUAAAUAUAAUGAAAGUCAGACUGGUUAAUUUUCGUUCAGGGAAUUAGUAAUAUGAGCAUAGCAGAUGAUCAAACUUAUAUU